AUGGUCUUUGCCAAGAAAUCCUGCAGUCAUAACGAAGUAGAAGAAUACGGUGCCUCGAAGGCUGGAAAAGCAUAUGAUGGAGACCAGGCUACAAAACGUCUUGAAGAGGGUUUUGUUAAGCUGUCAAAGUGUCUCAAGGACAUGCUUGACAAUAUUUUGCUCAAAUGUGAUGACAAUAAGAAAUUACAGACCAUCUGUUUCAUUCAUUCUGGACUACAGUCCUCUGUUAUACGGGCAGAUCGCUCAACAAAGUAUAUCACCAGGAUCCAAAAGUCAAGAAACUACCAUCUAUCAAGCGACAUAUCACAAUUUGGAACUACUGUGCUGUUUGCUGUCUAUAUUGCUUGGGUUAUCAAAGAUAUCGGUAGAAACACGUAUACUAUUAUUCAAGAAAGUAAUACGCACAACACAAUAGUAACAUCUAAGGCUCAGAAUGGCUUACUCAAUAUUGAGAAGAGUCAGAGAAAGAAGAUGGACCAGAGACUUCACCGUCUCAAGAAAAGAUUUUAA